AUGGAUGCAAGACUUCCAAAGUUCACAGCAAGCUCAGAUAGAGCGGAAAGCGGUCAAAGUCAGCAAAAAGCUGAUCGAACGAUUGCUGAACAGGUGGAUGCCUUGAGUGUUUAUGAAGAUGCCGUUCAAGAACCAUUGUUGGAAUGUACAAAUUUAGCAAGUAUGUAUUAUCAAGCCCAACCUAUAGGAUCAUAUAGACCAGACGCAAAAAUUUUACGGGAAGAUUUUUGUAGUUCCGCGAUCGUCGCACAAACUUGGUUAAGCUUGGGAAAAGAUCAUAGAGCACAAGGAGUGGAUAUCGAUUUAAAAGCAUUACAAGUCGCUCAAAAACGAUUAAUGGAAACGGAAAGAGCCGAAAGGACAGCCUGUAUCGUACAAUCAGAUGCAUAUUCCGACUCAGGCAGUUCCCGUAAAUUACCAUACAUCAAAGCUAACAGGAUCCAGACCGACUCAAUAGCAUCACAAGAAGCCAGCGGCUCAAGAUCAUCUUCACCUUCUACAUGGGCUGAAGGAGCAGCUUCCGAUCGAUUUGAGAGGAAGUUUCAAGCCCGAUUGGCAAAAGAAAGGGCUAAAGCAGCCCGGAAGAGCGGGACAUUAACACCCUCUGCUCAGGAAGGUGAUCAGACAAUUGAAGAUGAUGUACCUACUGCAAAGGGUGACGUAUUAAUACUUCAGCAUGCUGACGUUCUCAGUUUACCUAUCAAAGGAUUAGAAGGUGUAGAUGUGGAAAGUCCUGAUUUGAUAUAUGCUGGUAACUAUGCAUUAUCAUACUUUCAUGAUCGUCGGUCUUUGUUGGCCUAUUUGGCACAAUGUAGACGGACAUUGCGCAAAAAGACCGGGGUACUGAUUGUUGAUCCUUUUGCCGGACCGACGAGCUGGGAAGCAAAGACUGAUGCAGAGCGUAAAGAACAAGAAGAGCUUUGGAAUCGAUUCAGCAAAGAGCCAGGAUUCCUUCGGGCGGGCGAAGAACAUCCUCCUUCACCACUAAAAGGUGAUCCUUUGGAAUUCUGGGCUCGAGAGGAAGGCGAACAAAAGAGCAGUUCUGACACAGCUGAUUGGCGUCAAUGGCCAAGGGGAAGAUUGAUUCUUGUACGCAAAGGUCAUGUCGGAGGAGAGUACGAAUAUUGGCGAGAAGAUGGACCUUUGGAUUAUACCACAAAUCGUUUCAGGAUGAGCCUUUCUUUCCGUUUUACCCGUGAUGGAAGCUGGUUACGUGACUACUUCAGUUAUGAUUUCCGUGUUUGGAGUCUACGUGAGAUCACCGAAGCCAUGGAAGAAGUUGGAUUCGAACGUGUUGCCGUUCAUGCUAUCCCAAGAACGACUGAAUCAGAUCAAGGUGAAGCAAUGGAAAAAGAAGAGGCAGAGAUGAAGAAAUCCAGCGAUAGCGAUAUGGACGAAAGCGGCGAUGACAACGACGGUCUGAACGGUAUGGCCGGUCUGAUGGAAAGAACGGAAAAGAAUGAAGCAGGAAAGAGCACAUACAAAGUGGUUGAGCCACACCAUAAAUUAUUCGCAACUAGAAGUUUCGGGAGUGAGUAUUCGUCCAGUCUUUCAUGA